UAUACUGUUAUCUUUGUGCCAUGCUGCAAGCAAAAUCAGAGAUUGAUUUCAAUAGGUAUAAAGAAUCAUUGAUCUCAAAACUUCUUACUAUGAAUCCUGGGUUCUUAAAAUAUUUGAUGGAUAAUUACUUUAAUCGUCCUGAGAAAUGGUCAUUGUGUUUUAGGAAAGGAAUAGAAUAUGGCAAUGUUAAUACCAAUAUGUUUGUAGAAAGUUUUCAUAACCAGCUGAAAACUAUAUACUUCUCAGGGAAGCGCAAUAGGCGCAUAGAUGUGCUUUUAGACACUUUGUUAAAGAUAGAGAAUGACCAUUUUAUCAGACACCUACAACGUGUUUCUUAUAACAACCCUUCUGAUAGUGAUGUGCAUAUUAAGGAUAGGCAUGACAGAGGUUUGGAUAUUGAUAAUUCCAGGGUUAAGCAAAUUACCAGCAGUAUCUUUUCAUUAGAUUCUGAAACAGAUAAUUAUAUUAUAGAGGCCAUGCUGGAUGAUUGCUCACAGGAACAUUGUUAUAGCAAAUGUAAAAAUUUACCAUGCAUAAAUCUUUGCUAUCACAUGUAUCAAUGUUCUUGCAGUGAUUACCACAAUGGUCAUAUAUGUAAACAUAUUCAUAAAAUUCAUUCUCUUUCCAGUGUUUCAGAUACUAUUGUAAGAGAUUCAGAUGAAAAUGAAGUGCAACUUUGUCAUCCUGAACCAACAGCUGCAAACCCUAAAGAAAAGACAUCCAAAAUACAACUGCAGCGAAUUGAUAACCUUCUCGACGAACUUGGUCAUCAGGUUAAAAAUCCACAAGUCAUAAAAUAUAGAUUAUCUACAAUAAUUAAGUCUUUAGAAAGUUUAAUUUCAGGUAAUAAAGCUUGCAUGACCAUCCAAGAUGAAAAUCCCAUGAAGCUAAAUCCCACCGAAAGAAUUGCAGGAAACGCAAAUAAUAUACUGCAACCAAGGUUUCACAAAACUGAAAAGAAAAGGGGACGGCCGAGGAAAACACCACUGAAGAGACCAACAGAAGAGGAUAUGAAAAAACUUCUAAGGAAUGAAGGGGAGACUCCUACACAGACAGAGGGGGCAGCAGCAGGACCAUCUCAUGGCUCUGUUGCUCCCUACCCUCCACUUAGGUUGGUUCAUCCCCAAGGACAACCACUGCAAGUGUCUCGGAGUGAUGAACAAAAUGUGUUUUCUAUUGGCCAAGGUGGACUGGGUCAACCAUCUUGGAUGAGAAUACCACCAUCUAUGUUAGGCAAAAGGAUAACUGUUGUCAAAGAUGGAAAGCCUCAACAGAUCAUAUUUUCAAUUAAUGGUGACCAGGGAAAUCCAGAUCCUGAUGGAGAGUGAGGGUAGAGGCAGAUAUGUGGCUGUGGCAUUAAGUCAGUCCGGUAGUAGACUGGCAAUGGCAAAAAGGUAUUUCCUUAGGCCAGUGUCAUCAGCUACAUAUUCUCUACUUGAACUUGCCGGAGAUUUGGGACAGCAAAUGCACCUAAAUGCAACAUCCAGUUUUAAAUGGUGGGCUGUGGAGGGUAGAGGCAGGUAUGUGGCUUUGACAUUAAGUCAGUCCAGUAGCAGGUAAGUAACUUAUUCGUUCUGGUUAAGCUAUUUCUUACUUUGUUUCAGAAGUUAAUAUAAUUUAACAUUCAUAUUCACAUGUUAAUUUUAA